AUGACAGAGAGAUUUGACAAGGAUCCUGAUUGUGCCCUGCUGCUAGAAUAUGAUAUCAUAGGGCUCAGGGCUAAGACACUGGGGAUGGCCUCAGGGAAGAGGAAAGCCAACGGCAGGCCCGUAAUUCUGGCUUCCAGUCAUACCUGGCGUCCGAGCGCGGUAGAAGCCGCCACCCUUCCUGCUGGGUCAAGAACGAUCGACAAAGCUCCUCCUCAGCCUGUCCUUUGCCCCACUCUCCUCGACUCAAGCCUGCCCGGCCAAGCAGACCAAGCACCAGGCGAAGAAGGACCCAAGGGCCCAAAGACCCACAGUGCGACUGACCAGGCAGGUUCGUUCGCUCGUGGCCCUGCACCUCCGCAGGUGUCCGUGUUCCGCAACUUCCACCCUCUCGUUCAGCACCAGCACCAGCACCAGCACCAGCAGCUCCUCCACACCAUCUUCCCCAGUGCGUUCCUCCCCGGACGGCUGGCUACCGGACGACCUGCAUAUCAACCCUGGAUCUUCAACGACAACUCUGCGAUCGGCACUUCUUUUCUCCCCGUCCUGAAACGCCGUCGGAUCACCAAGGCCUGCGACUUCUGCCACCGUCGAGGCCGCAAAUGCAAGCUGCCCUCCACCACGAGUCCGGACUCGGCCACCACGGUGACAUGCCUGACAUGCAUCGAACAUGGCGCCACUUGCACCUGGGACCGUGUUGCUGCUAAGCGAGGUGUCAAGUCCAAGGGCCCUGAAGUCGUGAGGAAGGCUUCCAGCGUCGCCGACGAGACUUGGAUGUACGAUGUCGCGAGGCAUGGAGAACGAGGGCUCAUCGGCGCACUGCUGCGCGUCUUUUUUGAUACCGUGUAUCCUAUCUUUCCUUUCUUCGCUGAAUCGGUUCUUGUCGAUGAGUGGGAGCGGACGAGCCUCUCGUCGAGUCGCCCUGCCUUUGCGCGGCUCAUGGCCAUUUGUGCCCUCAGUUCAUGUCAUGUUCGCGAUGGGGCCGUCUUCAGUCUGCGCAUCGCCCCCACCGUCCCUGCGAAGCACCAGCAGUCGUACCUCGAAGAUGCGAGGAGGGCCAUCCCGAGCGACAUUUCAGCCGCUGACAGCUUCCAGUAUCUGCAGACCCUCGGCACCCUGUCGUUGGCCGCCAUCCAGCUCGGAGACGCUCCUCUUCUCCACGAGACCCUUGGCCUCUAUCACACGGUCAUGGCCCAGCACAACUUCCAGAACGAGUCACGCUGGCCCUCGAGCAUUGACCCAGUCGAGGUCCACGUACGCCGGCAGUUCUUUUGGUCCAUGUACCGCCUCGAGGUGCAUUCAGCUCUCAUAAUGGGUCACUCCAUCCGUUGUCCGGAAAUGCAGGCGGCCGUCGCAUAUCCGGCUGUCUCGGACGCGCUUGUGGACCCCAUCGCUGCCGCCGCCGCAUCUAGGGGCGGCUUCCCCUCAGGUGGAUGGCUCAUCGGGUGGAACUACAUUACGGACCUCUACCGCGUGCUCGAGCAUGUGAUCGUGCGGUUUCGUUCGCGCAAGACCACGCCUGCCGACCGAGGCCAUAUAUACGCCGGAUACGGCUUCACUCACAUGCCACCUCCGAUCGACGAUAUUCUGUCCGAGGUCUUGACGCAGAGAGACGGCCUGCCAACCUAUCUUGCUAGAGCCCAACCGCCGUCGCCCAACACCGAAUCGAAUCUGUGCGGGUUUCAAGUGGCCAAUAUUGCUUGCACUAUCCAGCUGGUGAGAAUGACAUCAUUCUCCUGCCAAGACGUCACAUUUCGAGAUGCCUGUCAUACAGCUACCCAGUUGAUUGAGGAGAUGUCACUAACGCCCGUCGAUUAUCUUCGAGCCAUUGGUUCCCCUAUGUUGCAAGAGCUCGCCGGCGUGGGCCAGAUGCUCACGAGCUUUAUCGGCCGCCAACUUCAUCCCAACGAAUACCGUCACCUCAGAGAAGUCAUUCGGUCAAUGGCCAUCUUCCUCGAGAACCUAGGCCCCUCGCUACCUCUGGCUGUUGAGGCUGGCCAGAAGCUCCUGCAGCACAUUGGCCGGAUCGACGAGUACCUCGAGCGAACGCAACCGCAGGAUACGUCCAUUCUGAACGAGCCAGAGCUCACACAUGCAGCGCAUGAACCCCGAGCUGAGAUUCCCAUUCAGCAUUUCGUCGUACCGCACAACUUCACCAUUCCCAUGGAGUAUCUCGAUCAUAUCCCUUGGCCUAGUCCUUUCGGCGCCCUGCCAACAGAGACGGAGUGGACCGGCAAUUUCAGUGUGUACAGCGCCACCUAA